GCUCUUGCAGCCAUGACUCUGCCUCAGAGCCCGGGAGGUACGGGGGAGCCCCGGGCACCCCAGGCCGUGGCGAUGCACAGGCUGGAGCACCGCCACGAGGAAGAGCAGAAAUCUGAGCAGCAGCACAGCCUGCGGAUGGGCUCCUCCACGCGGAAACGCACCUUCCGCAGCAGCGAGGAAGAGUAUCAGUUCAGCGCGGCAGACUACGCCCUCGCAGCAGCCCUGGCUCUGACGGCCUCCUCAGAGACGUCGUGGGAGGCCCAGCUGAGGCGCCAGACCAGCACCGUGCAGCUGGAGGAGAGAGGGCAGAAGCGGGUGGGCUUCGGCAAUGAGUGGGAGAGGACGGAGAUCGCCUUCCUACGGACCCAGUGGCUGCUGCGCCAGAGGCGAGACCGGAAGGCGCUGAGAUGGCGGACAGAGAAGAAGGUCCGGGAGGCCAAGGAGCUGAGGGAUCUGUGUUCCGGACGCGGGCCCUGGUUCUGGAUCCCGCUGCGCUCCCACGCCGUCUGGGAGCACACCACGGUCCUACUGACCUGCACCGUCCAGGCCUCGCCUCCACCCCAGGUCACCUGGUACAAAAAUGACAUGCGAAUUGAUCUCCGCCUCUUCCCUGCCGGAAAGUACCGAAUCACCAAUAACUAUGGACUGCUGACACUGGAGAUUAGGAGAUGCACCAUUGAGGACGCAGGCACCUACACAGUGAUGGUCAAGAACGCCUACGGCCAGGCCUCCUCCUUCGCCAAAGUCCUUGUCCGCACUUACCUGGGGAAGGAUGCUGGCUUCGAUUCGGAGAUCUUUAAAAGACUGAUGUUUGGCUCCAACGUGGAAUUCACAUCGGUGCUGAAACCAGUCUUCGCCCGUGAGAAGGAACCCUUCUCCCUGUCCUGCCUAUUUUCUGAAGAUGUAUUAGACGCCGAGCAGAACAUCCAGUGGUUCCGGGAUGGGAGGCUGCUGAAGUCCUCCAGCUGCCGGCAGAUCCUCUACGCAGACCGCCAGGCGUCCCUGAAGGUGUCCUGUGCCUACAAGGAGGACGAGGGUCUCUACACGGUUCAGGUGCCCUCGCCCUUUGGGCUCCGGGAGCAGAGCGCCUAUGUGUUUGUGAGAGAUGCUGCAGCCGAGAAGCCCGGGGCUCCAGGAUCCCCCCUGAAUGUCCGAUGCCUGAACGUGAACAGGGACUGCCUCAUCCUGACGUGGACCCCGCCCAGUGACACACGUGGCAACCCCAUCACCAGCUACUCCAUUGAGCUGUGCCAGGGCGAGUCCGAACAAUGGGUGCCCUGCCACCAGGCCCCCGGCGGGACCUGUCGGUGCCCAGUCCAAGGCCUCGUCGAAGGCCAGAGCUAUCGGUUCCGGGUGAGAGCCAUCAGCAGAGCGGGCAGCAGCAUCCCCUCCAAGGCUUCCGAACCGGUUGCCAUGGGCGACCCUGAGGAAGCCCGGAGGAAGACAGAGAUCCCCUUUGAUACAGGAAAAACGAUCACGGUCAGCACAGAUGAUUCUGAAGACUUCGUGACCAUCCCCUCGCCCCCGACCAAUGUCCACGCCAGCGAGAUCCACGAGGCCUAUGUGGUUCUGGGCUGGGAGAAGCCAAGACCCCGGGGCAAAGCCCCACUGACGUACUUCCUGGAGAAGUCGGUCAUAGGUAGCGGCACCUGGGAGGCCAUCAACUCAGAAACGCCUGUGAAAUCCCCGAGAUUCGCCCUUUUGGAUCUGGAGAAAGGGAAGUCGUACGUCUUCAGAGUGCGAGCGAUAAACCAGUACGGCAUGAGCGAUCCCUCGGAGCCCAGCGAGCCCAUCGCCUUGAGGGGGAAGCCAGCCACUCUCCCUCCUCCAACUCAAGUUCAAGCUUUCCGAGACACGCAGACCUCUGUCUCCCUGACCUGGGAUCCUGUGAAAGACAGCCCAGAGCUCCUGGGUUAUUACAUCUACUCCCGGGAGGCAGGAUCAUCUGAGUGGAAAACAGUUAACAACAAACCCAUCCAGGGCAGCAGGUUUACAGUUCCCGGGCUGAGGACAGGGAAGGAGUAUGAGUUUUGUAUCAGGUCAGUCAGCGAGGCUGGAGUUGGGGAGAGCUCAGCCGCCACCGAACCCGUCAAGGUCAAGCAGGCUCUGGCUGCACCAUCUGCUCCAUAUGACUUCGCCCUCCUGAACUGUGGGGAAAAUUAUAUGGUCAUUGGGUGGAAACCCCCUAAGCGGCGUGGAGGGGGCAAGAUCCUGGGCUACUUCCUGGACCAACACGACUCAGAGCAACUGGACUGGCACUCGGUCAACCAGCAGCCCAUCCCCACCCAGAUGUGCAAGGUCAGUGACCUUCAUGUAGGCCACUUCUAUGAGUUCCGUGCCCGGGCAGUAAACUGGGCUGGUGUUGGAGAGCUGUCGGCACCCAGCAGCCUGUUUGAGUGCAAAAAGUGGACGAUGCCUCAGCCAGGACCCCCGCAUGACGUGCGGGCGUUUGAAGUGCGGGCCACCUCCCUGAUGCUGACGUGGGAGCCCCCACUGUACCAAGGGGCCGGACCAGUCACAGGCUACUGCUUGAGCGUCCAGGAGGAAGGCUCUGAGCAAUGGAAGCCAGUCACUCCAGACCCCAUCUCUGGCACCCACCUGAGGGUUUCUGACUUACAGCCAGGGAAGACCUACGUGUUCCAUGUACAGGCUGUGAAUUCAGCGGGCCCAGGGCAGCCGUCCAUGCCCACCGACCCCAUACUCCUGGAGGACAAGCCAGAUGCUCGGGAGAUCGAGGUUGGUGUGGAUGAUGAGGGCUUUAUCUACAUGGCUUUCGAAGCCCCCGAGGCCCCCGACUCCUCGGAGUUUCAGUGGUCCAAGGACUACAAGGGCCCGCCGGACCCACAGAGGGUCAAGGUCGAGGAGGAAGUUAACAAGUCCAAGAUCAUCCUGAAAGAACCUGGCCUCGAGGAUUUGGGCACCUACUCGGUGGUGGUCACCGAUGCUGACGAAGAUAUCUCAGCAAGCCACACGCUGACGGAGGAAGAGCUGAACAGGCUGAAGAAGCUGAGCCAUGAGAUUAGAAACCCAGUGAUCAAGCUGAUCUCCGGCUGGAACGUUGACAUCCUCGAGCAAGGAGAGGUGCGGCUUUGGCUGGAAGUAGAAAAGUUGUCUCCAGCAGCUGAGCUGCAUCUAAUCUUCAACGAGCAGGAAAUCUUCAGCUCACCGAACCGCAAAAUCAAUUUUGACCGAGAGAAGGGCCUGGUGGAAGUUAUCAUCCAAAACUUGACUGAGGACGACAAAGGGUCGUAUACUGCUCAGCUCCAAGACGGAAAAGCCAAGAACCAGAUCACCCUGGCUCUGGUGGAUGACGAGUUCGACAAACUUCUGAGGGAGGCAGAUGCUAAGAGAAGAGACUGGAAGAGAAAGCAGGGUCCGUAUUUCGAGGAGCCUUUGCAGUGGAAGGUCACCGAGGACUGCCAAGUGCUGCUGAUGUGCAAGGUGACCAACACCAAGAAAGAAACCCGCUUCCAGUGGUUCUUCCAGAAGAAAGAGUUCCCAGAUGGUCAGUAUGACCCGCAGACUGGAGCAGGGCUUCUCUGCAUGGAAGAGCUUUCCAAAGAGGACAAGGGCAUUUACAGAGCAGAGGUUUCCGAUGAGCGAGGGGAGGACGACACCAUCCUGGACCUCACGGGUGAAGCCCUGGAUGCCAUCUUCACUGAGCUGGGCAGGAUUGGUGCCCUCUCUGCGACCCCACUGAAAAUCCAGGGGACCGAGGAGGGGAUCCGGCUCUUCAGCAGAGUCAAGUACUACAACGCGAGCUACAUGAAAACCACCUGGUUCCACAAAGAGAAGCGCCUGGAGAGUGGUGAUCGGGUGAGGGCUGGUACCACCCUGGAUGACAUCUGGCUCCACAUCCUGGACCCCAAAGACUCAGACAAGGGCAAAUACACCCUAGAGAUAGCGGCCGGGAAGGAAGUCCGGCAGCUCUCAGCUGAUCUCUCGGGGCAAGCUUUUGAGGACGCCCUGGCUGAGCACCAGAGACUGAAAGCCUUGGCCAUCAUCGAGAAGAAUCGUGCCAAAGUGGUGAGGGGCCUGCCGGACGUGGCCACGAUCAUGGAAGAUAAGACCCUGUGCCUGACCUGCGUCAUCUCAGGAGAUCCUAUCCCUGAAGUCUCUUGGCUGAAGAAUGACCAGCCUGUCACCUUCCUUGACCGCUACCACAUGGAGGUGAAGGGGUCGGAGGUCACCAUCACCAUCGAGAGGGUCAACAGUGAGGACAGUGGGCGCUACGGUGUCUUCGUCAAGAACAAAUAUGGCUCCGAGAAGGGCCAGGUCACCAUCAGCGUGUUCAAGCACGGGGAGGAGGACAAGGUGCUGAAGAUGUGACGGUCGGAUUCAGGCACAGCCUGAGGUCUGGUCUGCAUGGACUACAAGGGUCAACCAGUGGCUCACAGCCUGGCACAAGCCACGGAGGCGGGGCGGGGGGAUUGGACAUUGUGGGACCCGGGACAUGGGAGGGGAGUAGCUACACCAAAGUGGAGAAGCAUAGACCUUGCUGGGGUUCUGGGAGGCCUCCAGGCCUCAGCACUGGACUUGGAAUGGGAGACCUACGUGCAAAACUAUUUCAACUCUAAACUCUCCAUGAGCCUUGCCUUUCUCAUCUAUCAAAUGGGGAUUCCUACUCCUAGGGAUUGUUUAUGAAAACCCUUGAAACCGUACACCGGUGAUACUCAACAGGAGGCAGUUGCGUCCCCCAGGGCACAUUUGGCGGUGUCCAAAUUCUGGGUUGUCACAACUGGCGUCUAGUAGGUAGCAGCCAGGGAUGCCGCUAAACACAACAGCUCCUCACCGCAUAGAAUUCAACCCUAAAUGACAGUAGUGCCGAGGUCGAUGUACCCCCAUAAACGGAUUUAUCACAAUACCCCCUUUUGGAUACUGUAUUUUCAAUUCACUUAAGUUCAACGAACAUUCAUUUGAAGUCUAGCCUGUGCCAGGCUGCGGAUGGCAUUGGGAGCACCGAGAUACAUGAUAUGCAGGCCCCGCCCCCAAGGACACCUCAGCCCAGGAGAGUCAGACCUGGGUGCAAGUGACUCCAGGACAAGUCAGAUGAUCAGGAUUAUAAAACAGGUCCACGUAAAGUUCCACGGGUGGUCAGAGGAGGGAGAGAGGUGUUCAUCCCAACUAGGGAAGGUGAGCUUUAAAACACCUUCAUGGAACUAGCAGAAUUGGUUGUUGGGCCCUGAAAAAAUAAAUUGGAUUUGGUGAUGGUCAUGGGAAGAGAUUUCAGGAGCAGGGGAUGGUGAGAGCCAAGGUGAGGCGUAGGGGUGAUGCUGCCUGGGUGGCCUUGGAUGCCAGGCUAGAGAGUUGGAUGACCUUCAGUACUUCCAGCUCAGGGCCUCUGCCUGGCGGGACAGAUACUGGUUGGCCUUGCUUACUGGACCUCUGUACGGAGCUGGGCAUUUCACCACCCUCCAGUUUCCUUCUUUUUUAAAAUCAGAUUGGGAGGGGUGGGGUUUAUAAGGUUAGAGAUGUUUGUUGUGAAAUUUUGGAAAACCUUAAACAUGUUGAAGGAGAAAAUAAAACUCAUCUGUACUCCCAACAUCAAAACAUAACA